UAAUGAAUGACAGUCAUCACAAUCGGGCCGGGCCGUACAGGUGACUUGUGAUAACGCUUCGUGGAGGCUAUAAAACUAACAAUUGCUAGCAGAAUGCCGUCGAUCGCCGGAAAAUAUCAACAUUACAAAAAUGAAGAUAUUGAUGAAUAUUUUACAGCUGUUGGUGUACCGUUUAUGGGGCGGAAAAUGAUGGCAAUGUCAUCUCCUGUUAUGGAAAUUACCUUAGAAGGAGAAACUAUGACGAUUAAAAACUCUUCCUUAUUGAGAACAACUGAAUAUAAAUUCAAAUUAGGCGAAGAAUAUGUUGAGAACAUGCCAAAUACUUCUAUAAAGAGCGUGACCAUUCUUGUAAACGAUGAUGAAGUUCAGACAAAUUCAGUGAUCCCUGAAAACGGUGCAAAAUGUGGACGCCACUACCUCUUCACUGACGAUGAAUGCAUUAUCACACUGACACAUGACAACGCUAAGCCUGGGAAGAGGUACUUCAAAAGAAUUAACUAGUUAAUAAUACGGGGAAAAAUGCAGCAUAUUAAUACUAUUAUUUGGCAUAAUUAUGUAUAAGUAUGUACUUAUUUCAUUACUGAAGUUAUUGAUAUUCCUCAGCUAUUUGUCAAGCACAACAUAUGAAUGGUAUUCUAUUCUCUCUUAAAAUGAUUCUUGUAGAAGUAUAAGCCAAGCGCGGAUCCAGCUUCGUGCCCAGGGGGGGUCACGUGGUUAAGACCCAUGUCGGGGGG